AUGUUGACCACGGCUAGAGAUCUGUCUUUACGGCGGAUUUUAUCUGGGCGUCUUUCUCAGAUACAGUACGCGACAUCAGCGACGCGUCGAAACUACAAUUGGGCUCCCCCUCCAUCCAGUAAUUCUCGCGAUCAGGUUGCCCGAGAUGAGGUUGCCCGCCUGGCUGCGACCCCUCGUCGCUCACUCACAUUAGCAGACUUAUUACAGCAUGGUCGGCCACCAUUGUCCAAGGAAGCACUUCUUGCCUCCGCCAACUUUACUCUGUCGCUUCUUCCAGCUCGACUGGCCUCACGAAUACAAGCCUUACGAAAUCUGCCCUUCAUUAUCGUUUCGAACCCACAUAUGUCCAAGAUCUACCACAACUAUCUCCACUCACUCUCUACCCUCCUUCCGUAUCAGCAACGCAAGAUCACCACGUUCGAAGAAGAGACGCAAUUCGGAGAUGUGCUUGCCGAUUUAGUUCAGACACAUACCAAUACCAUUCCUGUUCUGGCGCGCGGCUUCCUUGAGUCCCGGAAGUACAUCAGCGCUGAAGACGUUACUCGUUUCUUGGACACCCAUCUGCGCGCUCGAAUCGGUACACGUUUGAUUGCAGAGCAGCAUCUGGCUCUACAUUUCACAUCACAGCCGGUCGUAAAUGAGUCCUCGGAGAAAAACAAGAAAUCGCCGACCGAUAACCCUGGGCCGUCUAACUAUAUCGGUGUAAUUGAUACGGCCCUGCAGCCCGCCCGAAUCAUUCGAUCGUGCGAGGACUUUGUCAGUGAGAUCUGCGAAUUGAAAUAUGGAGUCCGCCCGCGUCUCGAAAUCGGAGGUGACCCAGAUGCGACCUUCGCCCAUAUCCCCGUUCAUGUCGAGUACAUUAUCACAGAGUUGCUGAAGAAUGCCUUCCGUGCAACCAUCGAGUCCGGCAAUGAACGAGAACCAAUUGAGGUGACAAUUGCAGCUGCCCCAGAUGUGCCCGGAAAACAGCGUCCUUUUCAAGAAGACGCGGAUGGCAGAUUUCAGCUCGCCUCCCAAAUCAACCCUAUGGAUUUACAUGAAGCAAUCGGAGACACAAAUCCUUCAUCUCAGAGCAUUACUAUCCGUAUUCGCGACCGAGGCGGCGGUAUCCCUCCAGAGGUCCUGCCUCAUAUUUGGUCGUACAGCUUCACUACCUUCUCGGAUAUGGACAUGGAAUCUCCGGAUAGCUCCAACCUGCGGGCUUUGGACACUCUGGCUGGCUCUGGCGGUCAGAUGAGCAGCAUUGCUGGUCUGGGAUAUGGCUUGCCGCUUAGUCGGGCGUAUGCGGAAUAUUUUGGAGGUAGCAUUGCCGUGCAGAGUCUUUGGGGAUGGGGCACAGAUGUUUAUCUGACUCUUCAAGGAGUUGGGAAGAUUGACUGA